AUGGCAACAUUGAGUAUUCCGCCAGUGUUAACUUCGCCUCGUGAUGAUCCUGUGAAGCUACACAAAGCUUUUAAGGGUUUUGGAUGUGAUACUGCAACGGUGGUUCAUAUCCUUGCCCAUCGAGAUGCAACACAGCGUGCGUUCAUUGAACAAGAAUAUAGAGCUAUGUAUUCUGAAGAACUUAGGGAACGCCUACCUUCAGAACUUGGCAGUGAUGUCAAGGCAAUCUUACUUUGGAUGCCUGAUCCAACAUCAAGGGAUGCUGCAAUUUUUAGGAAUGCCUUGAGUGGGGAUAAAAUUGAUCUUAAAGCUGCUACUGAAGUAAUUCGUUUACAGACUCCAUCCCAGAUACAACAGUUUAAACAAAUUUACUAUGCGUGGUUUCAUGCUUACCUUGAGCAUGAUAUUGAAAAUCAAGCAUCUGGUGAUCACAAAAAGUUGUUGCUUGCUUGCGUUAGUACAAUACGCCAUAAAGGUCCAGAAGUUGACUGGGUAAUGGCAGAGUUCGAUGCUAAAUCUCUUUAUAGAGCUAGGAAAAAGGAGUUGGGGACUGACGAGAAGAUUUUCUUACGCAUUUUCUCCGAAAGAAGCAGGCCACAGUUAGCUGCUAUUUCUUCUGCUUAUCAUAGAAAGUAUGGCAGAUCAUUGAAAAAAGUAAAAAGUGAAACCUCCGGACGCUUUAAGUUUGCCCUUUUGACUAUUUUAAGGUGUGCUGAAAACCCUGGGAAGUACUUUGCUAAGGUACUACACAAGGCAAUGAAGGGCAUGGGAACUGAUGAUACAACACUUACUAGAGUAAUAGUGACCCGAGCAAAGAUUGAUAGACAUUACAUAAAAUUUGAGUACGAAAAGAAACACGGAAAAUAUUUGAUUGAUGCAGUUCAUUUAGAAACAUCAAGCCAUUACAGAAUAUUUCCUCUCUCUCUAUUGGGUGCAUUUGCUUUCGCUUCAGCAAAAUUUCUAAAUGUAAUUGAUUUUGUUUUUGUGUUAAUCUGUUUAGCGUGGGACUUUGUGUGUGAGUGUCGCCGAAAGCUUACAGAGCGCAAUGGUGCGGCUGCAGAUCGUGGGGUUGACGGUGCAGAUCGUGGCAGUGAUGGCGCAGAUUGUGGCUAUAGCGGUGCGGUGGAUGCAUGGUGUUGGUGGCGACAACGACGGCGUCGGUCGAAUGGAUCAAUAGUGUCUAUGACCAAUAAGUUGUUUGACUCAAUUGUGGUGGUGAAUGCGGUGGUUGUGGAAAUGGGUGACGUUGGCUGUGUUGGUUGUGGCGUUUACGGUGGCAAUUUAAGGAAAUGGGUGGAUGUGAUUUGGGGAAUUCUCCGUCCUCCCUUCGACACUGUACAUCCUAUCGAGCCAACUAAUCUCAAUCUGAUCGAUCCGAUGGCUAUAAAGAAUGACCUAUUCAUAUUUAUUUGUAUGAUCAUAGGAACAAUUUUCAUUAUCUAUGGAAAUGCCGAGCUACAAAGAUUUGAACAUCCGACAAAAGCAAAUGGCUCCCUUAAUAUAUUGGUGGUCGAAGAUUGGGGAAGAAAGGAACUUAUAAUCAACCUCGAGUUGCAUACCUGGGGAAUUAAAAAGAAGACACAUGAUAUAUGA